AUGUCUCGCCCGUCUUGCUUUGCGCCACCAUCAUGGCUUCUCAAAUCCUCCCGCUAGAGCUGAUUGACAGAUGCAUUGGAUCCCGGAUAUGGGUCAUUAUGAAGAGUGAUCGUGAGUUUACUGGGACGCUGCUUGGCUUCGACGAUUUCGUCAACAUGGUGCUAGAGGAUGUAACUGAAUACGAGAUUACUCCUCAGGGAAAGAAGAAAACACGACUUGCACAGACGCUUCUCAACGGCAACAAUAUUUGUAUGUUGAUUCCAGGCAGCGAAGGUCCCGAGUCAGACUCCUGACUUAUGAAAAGACAAUGCUUCGUUCUUGCACUCUCAGCUUAACUUCAAGGGCCGCUUGUAGGGGAAAAUUCACUAGCACUGUUGGAGCAGGUACGGUAAACCUCGGUGACACAUAGUAUUGCCGGACACUACGAGUGUCACAUCCUCUCCUCCAAACCGACUAUCUAUGAUGUAGAAAUUGUAUUGUCUGAAUUGUACUGAGGUCACAAAAAUAAUUGAAUUUGUGGCUCGCGCCUAACCAAAUAGUAAUAAACACGA